AUGUUUCUACAAACGGAAUACGUAAGGAAUAGGUGGAAGAUCACCUUUAAGAAUCAUAAGGUUUACAAUGUUGCGCUUCGGCUAUUAUAUGCAUCUGUGAAUCAGAAGUUGGGGUGUGCAAACCAAACGUUGGAAAUGACAUUUUUUCAAAAAAAAAAAGACGUGUCAACCAAAGUCAUGGAAUGUGGUGAAGGUCCAUUCUUUCAAUUUUCCAACAUGCGAAGCUAUUUACAGAUUGCAGAUAAUGAACGUAAGUCGGAUUCUGAAAUAUUCGCCAAGCAAGGUUAUGGAAUUUUCGCCAAGAAAAACAGGUCGCUUCAUAAAAUGUUUAAAAAGAGCAAAGGAUCAAAGGGCAGGAUGUCUCAUGGGUUUGCUGAAAUGUCCAAACUCUAG